UGCUACUGCGGGAUUAAUGUUUCCCCAGUGUACAUCUGACAGCAGAUUUGGUCCGUGGUUAGAUGUUCGUUUGCGUAGAUAUGGACAUUGGCAUUUCUCUUUACGGAUGUCUUAUCGUAAGAUAGUGCACAAUUCGAACAACGAAAGAUACGACUGUGGCAGGAUAAGAUUAGUACUUUAUCUCUUCGACAGUAAGAGCAUUUUAAAAGCUAGAAGCUGAUUUGUAGAUCAUUUAGCGGACAGUGGUGAAUUCGUAUGCGCAUUGAUUACUAUUGUUUCUCUGUUUUAUAAGUCCUUAAAAUUAAGCGUAAAUAUGCCGCUGUUCAAACCAAAAAAUCUAAACAAGAAAGGACAUUCAGUGGAAAGUAAUAAUGAGAAUCAGAACGAAAGUGCUUUAGCUCAACAAAACGGAAACAGAGCGACCCAGAAGCCGGCGGAUCCCAACGUUGGGAGACCCAAACUUGUGUUCCAUUGUCAGCAAGCCCAGGGAAGUCCUACCGGACUUAUUUCUGGUUUUUCUAACGUCAGGGAGCUCUACCAGAAGAUUGCCGAGUGCUAUGAAUUCCCAGUCGAAGAUAUCCUGUUUUGCACACUGAAUACCCAUAAAGUAGACAUGUCGAAGUUACUAGGGGGCCAGAUUGGUUUGGACGAUUUCAUAUUUGUACACAGAAAAGGAAGACCUAAAGAAAUAGAAAUCACGAAGACAGAAGAUGCACUGGGCCUAACAAUUACAGAUAAUGGAGCUGGUUAUGCAUUUAUAAAGAGAAUCAAGGAAGGCAGUAUUAUUGAUGGCAUAAAUGUGAUACAGGUUGGUGAUCACAUUGAGAAGAUAAAUAAUGAGAAUCUGGUUGGUCGAAGACAUUUUGAAGUGGCAAAGAUGCUAAAAGAAAUUCCAAAGGACACAACAUUUACACUAAGACUUGUUGAGCCAUUGAAGGAUGGAUUCACUCAUGUCGGACCACAUGCUGAUCGUCGGAAGAACAAGAAACCUGCAUUUGGCUCUGGGAAAGAAACAAUAAGGUUCAGUGCUAAUGGACCAGCCCAGAUUCAGCCAGAGCUUGAUGAUGUAGCUAAAGUAGCUAUUGACAAAAUCAACAGUCUUCUUGAUUCAUUUAUGGGCAUAAAUGAUGCUGAACUUGCUACUCUGAUAUGGGAACAAGCUCAAGGAAAAGCCAACAGUAUGGAUUUUGCUGAAGCAAUUGACAACUCAGAACUUGAAGAAUUUGGGUUUUCUGAUGAUUUUAUCAUCGAGCUUUGGGGCGCAAUUACUGAUGCACGUUCUGGUCGCCUGAACUGAACAAUGACUGAACAAAAAAUUUCCAUCAAUGAAGUCAAAAGUAGCAAAUGGAAAGCAGAAAUCAAAAUAACAAAGCAACUGCGGUAAUAGCAUUUCUGCUGUUUUAUCAGUGCAGACAAAACCAGUGGUUUCCUCUUUUAUUACAACUAUCUUUGCCAGCUGAUUGUAUAAAAACUGAUUCCUAUGCCUUGUUCAUUUUACUCUCAUUCAGUGCAGUCAUAUAUGCUCAUCAUGUAAGGUAUGCUACUGCAGGUCUAAGAAAUAAAUUUUACACUGCACAACUUUCUAUUAAAUUUUAUUUUAAUAUGAAAGUAUCUUUCUGAAGGUGUGUAAUGCAUUUUCUUUCAAUAUUUGUAAUAUUGUUGGUUGUACUGUACAUUAAUUCAAUGCCUUGAAUUUUUCACAUGGUAUUUAUUCUUUAAUGUAAUGCACACAUGUACAUAAAAUAUACCACAUGAAUACAUUCAAAUGUGAAACAUAACUGUGUGCUUUCAUGUAAGAAAAAAUAAAAUAAAAUAGAGCAGAAGAAACUGUGAAUAAAUGUUGUUUUGCUGUACAGUCUACAUUUUAACAUUAAAUAAAGUACUUUAAGUAAAAAAAAUCUAUGUACAGUUUUAAUAAUCUUCAUUUAAACAAAGUGACAUGAAACAGUAGAUCAAAAUUAAAUUCUGAAAGCAGACAUAUUCAAUUAUUUAAGUGUCUGACACAUGAUUAUAAUUUUCUGUGGACAUGUUUAGAGAUACAACUACCUAUGAUGACAGAGGCAAUGAGAAAGUGUUGUGGCUGAUUUUAUAGCAAUACAAAAAAGAUUUUAUGAGAAUAAGGGAUGACCUCAACCUAGGGUCCGAGUGACCUGUAUCCCCCUAAGACCCUUUCCAAACUUCCUCAAAGAGUCACCUUUUCAGCCUGAAAUGAGAAUCAUUAAAGUACUGAUAGUAAGGUAAGUGCUGGACAAUGAUCAUGUCUUACUGUGAUUUUCAAUUGCCUUUAAGUUAUCUUUUCUCAUAAAGUAUUAUAAAGUGUGAUUAUAAUCUAAGACUGAAAGAAAUUUCUAUAAAGAUCCCAGGAGUGUAAGAAUAGUACAGAAAGGAAUCAUGCUGCCACAUGCUGGAUGUUAUCUGCCAUAAUGUUGUGUUUAUAGUGGCUGGUGCUCUGCAAGACAUCAGUUCAGUUCCGUCUCCUCUGGAAGGCUGUGGUACUUACUUGUUUAUGGAAUAUCAUAAUUUGCUAGAAAAUCCUGUGGAUAUAUAAACAGGAUAUUUGUUUCCAUAUAUAGUUUUUGUGUGCUCAGUAAACAUGCUUUCAGUGUGAUGUAUUAGUUCUCAUUAAUGGUGAUGCUUUUGUAAGUGGUACUUGAUUCUGGAUUCUAUGUGACAUAGUUUGGUGGAGACAGUGAGUAUCUCUGGGGCAGAUAUAGUGACGGUUCCAUAUGGCUACGCAAAAUCAAUUGCCUUCACAGGUGGGAAUCCAAAUGCAGGCAGUACAAUUUAAAUUUAAAGCAAUACAAUCUAAACAUUUAGAAAUAUUUGAAGUAAAAAAUACUACAUGAUCCUGUACAGUAUACCUUGGUUUAUUUACUUAUUCUAAAUUGCCUUCAUCUAUUCCUCCAGUGAAUUUAAAUUAUAGUUCUCUUGGAACAAAGUGAAAACAUUCUGCAGCUUCCCUGUCUUUCCUAAAAUUUCACCAAUAUUUAUAGACUCUGUUUCAAGUUACCUAAAUUUUUGUUAAUAUUUUAUUACUUUUUGAAAACCAGCAUCUAUUUUGCAAACUGUUAAACUAAACAAUAUAUAAUCUAUAUUCAUUUGGCAGUAUUUUGAGGAGCUAAAUUUACAGACACUUUAUAGAAAAGUCAGAAUCUAAAAAAUUAAGAAUGUUGUUUAAUGAUUAAUAGCUUUUCUCUGUUUAGUCGGAAGAAAGUUGAUAUUUUAUAUUUCUUACAUAAUUUGAAAAUUUCAGUUUUAACAAAAUAAUCCUAUGUAAUGUUCAAUAACAUGAUGUGAUUCUGAGUGUAAUUUAUCAUAGUUUGUCAGUGGUGUUUAAAACAUUUGGUAAAGUUAUAGAAAUAUGUAGUAUUUGUCAGAAUGAAUAUUUUGGUUUUGUAACCUCUGACAUGACUAAGAAAGUCUUCACUGGAGGAAGAUUUUUAUAGAAAUGUAAAAGUCUGUACACAUGUUACAAUUAAUCAUCAACGAUAACAAUAAUCAUUUAUUAUAGAAAUUAAAUGUUAAUCAUAGACAUUAAAUGUAAGUGUUAAACAAUAAACCACUGAACUGAACAUUAUUAUUCAUAACCGUUUAUUUUGUAGACAUAGC